CCCGAGUGUUCCUCUCCAUCCGAGCCGAGCUCGAUCAGUCCUUUGCGGAGACAAAACGCAACAAGCGUUUAUGGGAAGCCAUAUCAUCGGGAAUGGUUAGUAAGGGCUUCUACCGCACCCCGGAGCAAUGCAAGUCCAAGUGGAAGAAUCUUCUCACUCGCUUCAAGGGAAGCGAGGUGUUGGGUGAGGAGAAGAGUAGGCAGGCGUUCCCCUACUACGAGGAGAUGAAAAGUAUAUUAUCUGGAAGGGAUCAAAGGCUUCUCAGUUUGGAGAAGGAGAAGGAAGAAGAGGAAAUGCAGGAAGAAGAGGAUGAAGGAAGAAUGACGAAUAAAAAGAAAAGCAAAAGAGCAAAACAUGGCAGAGGAGGAGGAAGGGUGUUUGAAGAGGUAGAGUGGGCAUUAAAGGAGCUGGCGAAGUGGCAGAAGGAGAGGGAAGUGAGGUGGUUGCAGGUUGCAGAGGCAAGAGAGGCGGAGAGGCAAAUGGCCGAGCUUGAAUGGAAGAGGAUGAUGGAGGCCAUUUGUGAAGAGCGAGCAGAGAUGGAGAAGAGAUGGCGGGAAAGAGAGGAUGAGUGGAGGUCAAGACAGGAGCUCAGAGCUGAGCGACGAGACCACAUCUUUGCUGCCAUUGUCGCUAGGCUUGGCCGAGAUGAUGGUGAUUGAGAGAUUGUCUCUUUGGAUGUCAUGUAGGUUUUUUUUUUUUUUUUUUUUUUUUUUUUUUUU